CGCGCCGGCCCCGCCGUCAGUCGCCGCCCGGACCAGGCCAGCAAGCGUCGUCGCGUCCGCCCCGCGCUCACCACCUCAUACCGGGUUCAGUUCCGUACCACGAUGACAUAGCCCCAGUGCCGACACCAGACUCGACGAGGAAGAAGCGCACACCUUUUAAGUUUUUCGUUGGAAGGAAGCCGUAAAGGUUCCCGUCGUUGUUGCAGAACUAGCGACGACCCGAGCACGCUAGAGGGACCCAGGCGAGACACAGAGGCGGCUCGUUCCUUUUAUCCGCCUUUUGAAUAAAGACUAGCCACAAUGGGCGAGCAUGGCAGAUCGGACUCAUAUCGCGUCGCCACCAUCGGGCCAGUUAAGGACGAUAAUCGAACAGCAGACGGAGUCUUUAAGACUCGCCGCAAGCCUCCCGCGAAAAAACGGAAACCAGGAGAUUUAGAUGACCUCAAGCAAGAGUUGGACAUUGACUUCCACAAAGUAACUCCCGAAGAACUCUACCAAAGAUUUCAAACACACCCAGAAAAUGGCCUUAGUCACGCAAAAGCGAAAGAAAACCUUGAAAGAGAUGGUCCAAACGCGCUCACGCCGCCCAAACAGACGCCCGAGUGGGUGAAGUUUUGUAAAAAUCUGUUUGGAGGAUUCGCGUUAUUACUUUGGAUUGGUGCUAUACUUUGCUUUAUUGCCUACGGUAUUCAGGCGAGUACCGUUGAAGAACCAGCAGACGACAACUUGUACCUCGGAAUCGUGUUGGCGGCGGUGGUGAUCGUGACCGGAAUAUUCUCGUACUACCAGGAGAGCAAGUCGUCCAAGAUCAUGGAGUCCUUCAAGAACAUGGUGCCCCAGUUUGCGACCGUCAUCCGCGAGGGGGAGAAACUGACGCUCAGGGCCGAGGACUUGGUGCUUGGAGACAUUGUUGAGGUGAAAUUUGGCGACCGUAUCCCUGCUGACAUCCGUAUCGUGGAAUCCCGCGGCUUCAAGGUGGACAACUCGAGUUUGACCGGAGAAUCCGAGCCGCAAUCCCGAGGCGCCGACUUCACCAACGAGAACCCGCUCGAGACCAAGAACCUGGCUUUCUUCUCUACCAACGCUGUUGAGGGCACCGCUAAGGGAAUCGUGAUCUGCUGUGGAGACAACACCGUGAUGGGCCGUAUCGCCGGUCUGGCGUCGGGUCUGGACACCGGAGAGACGCCCAUCGCCAAGGAGAUCCACCACUUCAUCCACCUCAUCACCGGCGUCGCCGUGUUCCUCGGAGUCACUUUCUUCCUCAUCGCUUUCAUCCUCGGCUACCACUGGCUGGACGCUGUCAUCUUCCUUAUUGGUAUCAUCGUAGCGAACGUACCCGAAGGUUUACUGGCCACCGUGACCGUAUGUCUGACCCUCACUGCCAAGCGGAUGGCGUCCAAGAACUGCCUGGUCAAGAACCUGGAAGCCGUGGAGACCCUCGGCUCCACCUCGACCAUCUGCUCUGACAAGACCGGAACCCUCACGCAGAACCGGAUGACCGUCGCCCACAUGUGGUUCGACAACCAGAUCAUUGAGGCCGACACCACUGAGGACCAGUCUGGAGUACAAUACGACCGCACUAGCCCCGGAUUCAAGGCUCUAGCCAUGAUCGCGACCCUCUGCAACCGCGCCGAGUUCAAGGGAGGCCAGGACGGAGUGCCCAUCCUGAAGAAGGAAGUGGCCGGAGACGCCUCGGAGGCAGCCCUGCUCAAGUGCAUGGAACUGGCGCUCGGAGACGUGCUGUCCAUCAGGAAGAGGAACAAGAAAGUGUGCGAGAUUCCCUUCAACUCGACCAACAAGUACCAGGUUUCCAUCCACGAGAGCGAUGACCCUAGCGACCCGCGCCACCUGCUUGUGAUGAAGGGAGCCCCUGAGAGGAUUCUGGAGAGGUGCAGCACCAUCUUCAUUGGUGGCAAGGAGAAGGUAUUGGACGAGGAAAUGAAGGAGGCGUUCAACAACGCGUACUUAGAACUGGGAGGUCUCGGCGAGCGAGUGCUCGGGUUCUGCGACUUACAGCUGCCGUCGGACAAGUACCCCAUCGGCUACAAGUUCAACACGGACGACCCCAACUUCCCGCAAGAGAACCUCCGCUUCGUCGGCCUCAUGAGUAUGAUCGACCCGCCCAGGGCCGCCGUGCCUGAUGCCGUUGCUAAGUGCCGGUCUGCUGGUAUUAAGGUAAUCAUGGUCACCGGUGACCACCCAAUCACUGCCAAGGCCAUCGCCAAGUCGGUGGGCAUCAUCUCGGAGGGCAACGAGACGGUGGAGGACAUCGCGGCGCGGCUCAACAUCCCCGUGUCCGAGGUCAACCCGCGCGAGGCGAAGGCCGCCGUCGUACACGGCACCGAGUUGAGGGACAUCGGCUCGGACCAACUCGACGAGAUUCUCAAGUACCACACCGAAAUUGUGUUCGCCCGUACGUCGCCCCAGCAGAAGCUGAUCAUUGUGGAGGGUUGCCAGCGCCUCGGAGCCAUCGUGGCCGUGACCGGUGACGGAGUCAACGACUCGCCCGCGCUCAAGAAGGCCGACAUCGGAGUCGCCAUGGGUAUCGCUGGAUCUGAUGUGUCUAAGCAGGCUGCCGACAUGAUUCUGCUGGACGACAACUUCGCGUCGAUCGUGACCGGCGUGGAGGAGGGCCGACUGAUCUUCGACAACCUCAAGAAGUCCAUCGCUUACACGCUCACCUCCAACAUCCCCGAGAUCUCCCCCUUCCUCGCUUUCAUCCUGUGCGAUAUCCCCCUUCCCCUUGGUACCGUUACCAUCCUGUGUAUCGAUCUGGGAACCGACAUGGUGCCCGCCAUUGCUCUCGCGUACGAGACGGCUGAGUCGGACAUUAUGAAACGGCCGCCUAGGAAUCCGUUUUGCGACAAGCUAGUGAAUGAGAGGCUGAUCUCGAUGGCCUACGGGCAGAUCGGUAUGAUCCAAGCCGCGGCCGGCUUCUUCGUGUACUUCGUCAUUAUGGCUGAGAACGGAUUCCUGCCGACAUACCUGUUCGGUAUCAGGAAGCAAUGGGACUCGAAGGCCAUCAACGACUUGACCGACUCCUACGGACAAGAAUGGACUUACCGCGACCGCAAAGCCCUGGAGUUCACCUGCCACACCGCUUUCUUCGUGUCGAUCGUGGUCGUGCAAUGGGCCGACUUGAUCAUCUGCAAGACCCGUCGUAACUCCAUCGUGCACCAGGGCAUGCGCAACUGGGCGCUCAACUUCGGAAUCAUCUUCGAGACCGCAUUGGCCGCCUUCCUGUCCUACACUCCUGGCAUGGACAAGGGUCUCAGGAUGUACCCACUCAAGUUCGUGUGGUGGCUGCCGGCCAUUCCGUUCAUGCUGUCCAUCUUCAUCUACGACGAGAUCCGGCGCUUCUACCUGCGCCGCAACCCCGGCGGCUGGCUGGAGCAGGAGACCUACUACUAGGCGCCUGUCUCACGCAUCAUUCGCGAUACAAGACCGUUACUUUGUGUUCCUCCGACGGACGCGGGGCAUCGCUGUGCUUCUCACCGCUUCUUACUGCAUCGCUCUAUCGGAAACCACCUAACUUAUUUUGUAUUCUAACUCUCAAUAUUUUAUCAUUACGAUUAUUUUUUAUUAUUAUUUUAUUUAUAUCGACCGGUUUUUCGUGAACUAUGUAUGUAUAUAUUAUGCACAGUUGAGAAUGAUGUUUGGGAUUUGUGAUGAUGAUGAAAAAAGAAUAAUAUUUAAACAACAUUAUUUUUAAGAUGUGAAACGCGUUAUUUUUAUAUUGAAAUUGUUUGGAAAUGAUAAUUUUGCGCGGCGCGCGCUUCUGCAGCGCACGCCCGCUGGUGAAUCUCUGGAUAUUAGUUGAAUCUCUGGCCGGUAUUAUGUUUGUUUGUGGAGGACUCGGGGCGGGCACGCGGGGCGCGGGGCAGCCCAGCGCCCCGCCCACUGCUUGUCACUGUAGUUCGUUACUGUCCUCACUACACUAAUGACAUUAUUAAGAUAGCAUAAAAUAAUACUAAUGAAAUUGUUUUUCACAUACUUAUGUAAUAAGUAAUAAAUUGUCGUGUAGCAGUAGUAGGUCGUUGGCGGGGGCGGCCGCCGCCUCCCGCGCCCAACGAAACGCAUUUGUUGUGUAAUCUACAGUUAAGAAGCCAUUAUUAUUAUAUUUUAAGUGAAAUUAGAUUAAGUUGAAUUUUUCGAGUGAAUAAUGUUUAGUUACGAUUCGAACGAGUAUAUGGUGUAUGAGAGGUCGGUGUGUGCCUGAGUCUUAGAACUACUGCUUACUGUUAGGUAGGUAGUUGAAAUUUUGAAGUCAUAUUUGGUUCGUGCGACUACAGUAGGGCGGGCGCCGCCGCCGCCGCCGCUCCCAGCUAAGUGAAACAACACUACGCUUUUCUUUUCUAAAUAAUCUGAUUCUUAGCGGAUUUUGUCAAAUUUAUUAAAAUAGGCUGCUCAUGGUAAUUAUGUAAGAUUUUAUUUCUUAAUUAAAAGAUAAUAAACAAAACGUAGUAAUGCGUAAUUAGAAAUUUUUAAAAUUAUACAGUUAUGAUAGAGUCAUGUUGUUUUAGUGUCGGCCUGGUCCGCGCGCGCGGCCGCGGCCGAGUCGCCCGCCCACGCCCGCCCGGGCCCGCCCGGCUCGCCCUGGCCCGCCCGGCUCGCCCCGGCUCGACUCGCCGCGUGUCGCUCGCAGGACCAAGCGGAUCACUUAUUUGCGAUCUUUUCCAGUAACGAAUACAUAUUACAUUAUAAUAAUGGUUACAAAAGUAAAAUAUAACAUUAUAGCAACUAAUAAAACUAAAUUAUAUGAAAUGUUUAUAGAUUUAAAUGACGUUUGUUUCUUUAGAAGGACCUUCUAUGCUUGUUCGAUAACCCGAUGUUCACCUCACUGACAAUAGUCGUUGAUCAAAGGAUAUGGUUUGUUCAUCGUCAACUAUUUAUUUACAAUACACCGUAGAACUAACGUUGUUUUGCGUUCGACAGUUGUUUACACCAAUUAAUUUUAUUUAUAAGCUAUUUUAUUAGUAUUACUCUGUUGGCUAGGAGCGCUGUAAAAAUGUAAGUGUUAUUAAUAAAAAACAUUUUCAAAAUA